GAUGGAAACCUUCACGCAGUGAGUAAGAGCACAGGUGACAUCAAGUGGACCCUGAAGGAUGAUCCUAUCCUGCAGGUGCCGGUUUAUGUGGCAGAACCAGCAUUCCUUCCAGACCCCAAUGAUGGCAGCCUGUAUAUCCUGGGAGGAAAAAACAAAGAAGGCUUGAUGAAGCUCCCGUUCACCAUCCCGGAGCUGGUCCAGUCCUCGCCAUGCCGCAGUUCGGACGGCGUGCUCUACACCGGGAAGAAGCAGGACACCUGGUUCAUCGUGGACCCCAAGUCAGGAGAGAAGCAGACGACUCUCUCGACAGAGGCCUGGGAUGGUCUGUGCCCGUCAAGUCCCCUGCUCUACAUCGGCCGUACCCAGUACGUCAUCACCAUGUACGACACCAAGUCACGGGAGCUGCGCUGGAACGCCACCUUUUCUGACUACUCGGCACCGCUCUGCGAGGAGUCCUACCACUACAAAAUGGCACACUUCGCCUCGAGUGGGGACGGGCUGGUGGUAACGCUGGACAAAGAGAGCGGGGAGGUCCUGUGGGCGCAAAACUAUGGCUCACCCGUGGUCGGCAUCUACGUGUGGCACCAGGACAGCCUCCGCCGCGUCCCCCACCUCAACCUGGCCAUGGAGACCCUGCGCUACCUGACCUUCCACUCGCAGGACAUCCACCUCCUCAAGUGGAGCUACCAGUCCAUGAAGGAUUUCGCUGCCACCAAGACCCAGCUGCUGCCAGCGCUCUACGUGGGGAAGUACGCGGCCAGCUUCUACGCCUUGACCUCCCUGGUCCACAGCAGCGUGGCUCUAGUGCCGCAGGGCAUCACACUGGCCAGGAUCGACGGCCCCACCACGGAUGAUGUGACCAUGAGAGAGUCGGGGGAGUGUGAGAUCACGCCCAGCACUGACGUCAAGUACCCGCAGGGCAGCAUCACCUCGCUCCACAACCAGUGGCUCCUAAUAGGGCACCACGAGCUGCCUCCCGUGGUCCACACUACGAUGCUACGAGCCUUCCCGGAGAACCUGAGGAAGACAACAGAAACCAUCAUCCCCAGGGCUCCUCCUGCCAGGACCGUGUUCGACAACUUUCUGGCCCCGAGCAGCCCGGAGGAGCCGGCUGUCCGCAGCGAGGGGCAGUUCCAGCCGGACCCCGUGCCAAGGGAGCAGGUGGAGGUCUACCCCGAGGCUGGCACCUGGGACCUGGUGAUGGCUGGCAUUGGCACAGCCCUGCUGGGCGGGGGAGUCCUGUUCCUCCUGCUCACGAAACUGCAGAAGCAGCAUGCGGUGCAGCAGCAGCAGCUGGAGAAGCAAAUUCAGCUCCUGCAGCAGCAGCAAGAGAUGCUGCUCCCGGGCCGGGUAUCUGCGGAGGGUGUCCCUGCAGAGCCCGGGGAGCCAGGGCUGAGCCGGGGAAGCACGUUGCAGCUUUCGAAGAGCUCCGGCCCCUCAGCCCGCCUGAAGGACCUGGCUAAUGGGAUGGUCAGCCUGGAUCCGGCUGUCCCGGCGGCUGCUGAAGAUGCAGAACCAGACGUGAUUGUAGUUGGGAAAGUUUCUUUUAACCCCAAGGACGUGCUGGGCCACGGAGCUGGAGGAACCUUUGUCUUCAGGGGACAGUUUGAUGGCCGGAACGUGGCUGUGAAGCGCCUCCUGCCCGAGUAUUUCCAUCUUGUGGAUCGCGAGGUCCAACUGCUCCGGGAGUCGGAUGAGCACCCCCACGUCGUCCGCUACUUCUGCACGGAGAAGGACAAGCAGUUCCACUACAUCGCCAUCGAGCUCUGCUCCGCCACACUGCAGGAGUACGUGGAAAGCCCCAGCUUCGAUCGUCGCAGCCUGGACCCGGUGUCUCUGCUGCGUCAGACCAUGUCCGGGCUGGCCCACCUCCACUCCCUCAGCAUCGUCCAUCGUGACCUGAAGCCCUGUAACAUCCUCAUCUCCAUCCCAAAUCACCACGGGCAGAUCCGAGCCGUCAUCUCUGACUUUGGCCUCUGCAAGAAGCUUCAGGGGGGACGACAGAGCUUCAGCCUCCGCUCCGGGAUCCCUGGCACCGAGGGCUAUCCCGAGGUGCUGCAGGAGGCCCCGAAGGAGAACCCCACGUGUGCUGUGGACAUCUUCUCAGCUGGCUGUGUCUUCUACUACGUGGUGUCAGAAGGGCAGCACCCGUUUGGGGACAGCUUGCGGCGACAGGCCAACAUCUUGUCAGGCUCUUACCAGCUGAGCUGCCUGCAGGAAGAAGCUCACGACAAGCUUGUUGCGCGAGAGCUGAUAGCGGCGAUGAUCAGCCCCGAGCCCCAGCGCCGGCCCUCGGCCCCCAUGGUCCUUGUGCACCCCUUUUUCUGGAGUCGGGAAAAGCAGCUGCAGUUCUUCCAGGACGUCAGCGACCGCGUUGAGAAGGAGCCUGCUGAGGGGCCCAUUGUCUCGGCCCUGGAGGCAGGGGGACGGUCGGUGGUGAGGACCAACUGGAGGAUGCACAUCUCCCUCCCGCUGCAGACGGGUGAGCGCGCGGGGGCCCGGCUCAGCACUGCAGCCUGA